CAAAGCCAUCUCAUCGCCUGCGUCCAUCCAUCGUACACAGCUCGCCGUACGCGCUCCAAAUCGCAUCUCCACCACGCGUCCGAGUCUCGUAGCCAAAAGAAAAAAAUCAACACGAUUCUAUCCGGGUGAAAAUCCAAAAGAACCCACAAUUGUCUGGGCCAGCCAACCACAACCAUCAAUCCCGCCCAUACCACCAGAUCAUUCAAUAAGGAAUACUAAGGAUUAUAUAUAAAGGAACUCUCCACAAAUCCUGAACUGAAAGAGCGAAUAUCUCAAAAUUAGCGUUGUAUUCAAUAUUGAUAGCAUCUAUCCACCAUUCUUCAUAUUGCCUUUGAUAUUUUCAUCAAGAAUUCAAGCCACGAGUCACAAAUAUCUUUGCAGAGUUACAGAAGUUUAGAGAUAGCAUAAGAUCACAAAUCUUUCAAAUCUAAAGAAAUAGUUCAAACCACUUCUUAAUCCCAAAUCAGCACUCAUUGUAAUUUCUACAGAAUCUGUUUCAAGUAUCAUACUGAAGAUUCGUAGUCAUAAAGCUCAAGCAACGUCAUUCCACUCUGUACAGUCAUCUCUCGCAUCCCUCUGGGCACGUCAGCGUUCAUCCUCGCUCUAGCAUUGACACCAUAUCACUCAUAUAUCAUUAACAUAACAUAUCACUAUUGAUAAUAUUCUUUAUUGAUUACUCGAACUGAUAACUUCAUACUCAAUCAAAUAGUUAUCACUGCCAUAAUCUUAUCAUACUUAUCAUUUUCAUUAUUUUAAACAUCACAUUGUCAUCACAUGUCCGCUAUGUCUGAACCAAACAAUAUACACCAGUUCCACCCUUUGCCCUCUAACGGCUCGCUCUUGCCAACAAAUCAACAACAACAGCAUCAGCAACAGCAUCAGCAACAGCAUCAACAACAGCAUCCUCAGCAUCAACAACCUCUUGGUGGUUCCAUCUCAGGGACUUCAGCGCAACCUCUGGUAGCUGGACCUCAUGGUCCCCCACUUCUUUCUGCCAUCAAUAGCACAUAUCCUUCAGCUAAUCCUGGAACAUCUACUUCCAACUUGUUGGUUCUCGGCAACAUCCCCACGGAUUUGUCCAAGAGAGAAGCGACUCUUAUCUUCUCGUUGGUGAUUGACGAAGUACUUGGAAUCGAAGUAAAAGACUACAAAAUCUACGUCUAUUUCAAGAACGGAAACACUUGUUUGACGACCGGUAAAUUGAUAGAUGGAAAGUUCAUCUUUGGUAGCGAGUAUCCUCCUGUGAAAGUUGAAUACGAUAGCAGUUCUUCUGUUUUGAGUUCUCCCCAGAAUAUCCACAAUACUUCUACGGCAUUCAACUCUUUAAGAUUAUCAAAUGCGAACAUAUCUCCUCCAAACUUAAACCACCCACAGCUUCAUCACCAGUCGUCUAAUCCAGCUCUCGGUCCCGUGGGUGUAAAUGGCCAGCAGCAAGCAGUUGGUGGUCCUUCUGGCACUGGAGCUUCAGGAGCUUCUGUGCCUUUUGACAAUUUCCAAAAGAGACAGUCUAUAGGCAACCAGAGAUCGAGAUUCGUAUUUAGUGAUCCUUUCUCUUCUGCUGCCGCUUCUGGACCUGUUUCUGGACCUGCAUCAAAUGCUCUGGUUCCUCCCCCAGCUUCUGGCUCUGGAACCAUAGACUUGACAGAUUUGUCUGGUAAGUCUAUUUUGUUGAUGGAAUCUCACAACGAUGCCAGAGAGUACGAAAACUUGGUUAGAGAUCCAUGGGGAUCCAAUUCUUCUGCAUCGGCCAAGGCCCCCUCUUCGGGUGUUCCUUUAGGCUCGAAUCCUCAGACUCCUGGAGUAAAUGUGACGGCUCCGUUUGAAUGGACAAAUUCUUCAUCUAAUCCAACCAAUGCAUCAUCCAACAACAACAAUAAUAAUACCAGCAACAGCAAUAGUAGUGGUAGCAAUCCACAGAAUGGUUCGAUAUCUGCUACUUCGGGGUCUUCUGUUUCAGGAUCUGUUUCAGCUUCUGCUGACCGUAGAAGAACUUCUUCUGCGUUCUUCACCAGUUCCGGUACCAGUAACCCAGCACCUAUUCAUAGCUUGACUUCUUCCCAGGCACCACAGGGUUCUUCUCUCAUUGGAGGUCAACAGCCUUCUGUGGCUCCUCAAACUGCUGCUUCACUUUUGACACAUCAAACUCCAGCUUCUGCUCCCCAGGGUCCAACAGCAGCAGGUUUAUUAGCAUCUCAAACUCCACAACUGCAAGUGCAAUCUCAACAAGGGCAACAACCUCAGCAAUCUCUGCAAAAUGUAGCAUCAUUAUCUGGGUCUUCUGUUACAUCUUCUGCAACCAGCCAGGUGUCACAGGCUGCAAAAUUGGCUGUUACUUCUCAGCCAUCGCAAGCUCAACAGCUUUCACAACAGCUUCCAGCUUCACAGCAACAAUCUCAACAGUCUCAACAGCCUCAGCCAGGUGCUACUACUCCUCGACUGAGCGCUGUAGCUGGCUCUAAGGAUGUUCCAGAUUUGUCUUUAUUGGCCAGAGUACCUCCUCCAGCCAAUCCUGCUGAUCAGAAUCCUCCUUGUAAUACUUUGUACGUCGGUAAUUUACCUCCAGAUGCAACGGAAGCUGAGCUCCGUGCCUUGUUCCUGCCCCAGAAAGGGUUCCGUCGGUUGUCAUUCCGUACGAAGAACCAAUCGUCUGGGACUUCUGGCAGUUCUGGAACCUCUGGCCACAACCAUGGUCCUAUGUGCUUUGUAGAGUUUGAAGACGUAGCACAUGCCACUAGAGCAUUAGCUGAGUUGUAUGGUCGUGCAUUGCCAAGACCCAAUGGAGGUAACGGAAAAGGAGGAAUCAGAUUGUCCUUCUCCAAAAACCCGUUGGGAGUCAGAGGUCCUGGUAAUCCCAGAAGAACAUCUACAAAUCAGAUUGGAGGUGCUGCUACUAGCUCUGCUACUGGACAAGUUUCUAGUGGCAACGGAAAUGCUGUUGGGAAUUAUGGCUAUCUGAACUACCACCAGAAAUAGUUACAGAACCAGAAUUUAGCAGUAACUUUAGUUCUUGCCAGGUCACAGUCAUAGCCACAGAUGCUAUUUUUGUGGACUCAAAUCUAAAUUCUAUUGCCUGGUUGUGUUCUGAUGCUAAGGAGUUCUUUAGUUGGGCUUUGUGGAGUAAAGCUUAGCUAGAGUUCUUCGAAUGGGCAACUUCCACCAGAGUCAAACAGGUCUUUAUUAAGGAUAUGUUUGUGGAGCAGUUCAUCAAAAGGAGAUCAAAUUAUAGUUCUUGUUGCUUCCUUGUUAUUAUUAAUGUCUUUUGACAACAUCAUGUGAUCUCAUCACCAUCGCCAUCCUCAUGUUAUCAACCAUCUUUUUAUAUGUCCAAUUACUUCUUUAUUUUUAUUGUUAUUGUUGAUUAAAUUCUCUUUUUUCAUCUAUUCCAUGCCAACUUCCGUUGUUCAUCACAGGUAUACCCUCCGGCCUAUGUUGCGGGAACUAAUAAUCUAGCUGUCUGCCGUUUUGAUCCAUAGGGGUUUGCUUAUUCUACCACGCCAAUUGUAUUAUUGCUAAAUCGUAUAUUCGAGUUU